AAAUGCAUUUCUCACAAUUAAAUCAAUUUUUAAAGUUGCAGACUGACAUUUAAGAUUUUCAAACCGGUUUUAGUGUGACGUUUAAAUUUAGACAUUGAAAAGUGACAAAUUGUAUGUUAUACUUCGGUACAUACGUAUUAACUAAAGAUGUCGAAAGGGUUCCGCAAUACAAAAGGUAAAAAGACGGAGAUUUAAUAUUGUGGAUUUUACUUUAUGGUGAGAUUUAUCAUACGUGUAUAUCAUCUGUGAAGACAAUAUUUUACCACAUGGAAGGGGUUUAUUUAGAGAGAAAGUGUAAUUACCUAGGCUGCUGGAAAGAUGACACAGUUGCCGACUAUGUUAUUAGACAAGUUGCAGACAUGGUCAGACAUGGGAAAGGAACGAAAUGUAAGCUCCAUCUAUCAAGUCAAGGUGUAAAAGUGACCACUUCGUCGUUAAUGUCGGGGAAAACACUAAAGGAUGUCGUGCCAUUUGAUAAUAUUUAUUUUACAACAGUUAAUCAGUAUAAUCCACAGUGUGUGCUAUUUAUCACAAAAGACCAAAGAAGAAAAUACCGCGUUGUCGCAGUCAGUUGCCAAAGUGGCACAGACGCCAGUCUCUUUGUUUCUUGCUUUAAAGAUUUGAGGAGAACACUUAGCAGUGAAGAUAAUAAUUUAGAACUUACACAAAUUAGUAGUGGAAAUUGGACGCUUCGUUCGAAGCAUCAUCCACCGGAUAAACGUCAGCUUCAUAACAAUGUAUAUACGCAAGACGUUCGUUCAAAUCAAAAUGGUGUGAUACAAACUAAGCACACAGACAUUAAUUCCAAUGUAGCUUCUUCAAAUGAGAAAAACAUAAGUAAAACAAACAGCAAAUAUGAAGCUGUAAACAGGAAAACAGUCCACAACGGGGAAGAAUUUUCGAAUUCUUUCUCAGAAACCGGUCUACGAGAGGAACUCGAUGAUCUAUCACAGGAACUUAGAGAAAUCAAAUUGAUGCUUGAGACUUCUGCAGGCAUUGAUACAGAUGUGUAUUAUGAUAGAGAUGAAAAUGAGGUAGUGCAUAAUGACAGAAAAAUAGAGGUAGAAAUCAUGGAUGUCCCUAGGACUACAAUAGAGGCUGUUGUAGUAGACGAUGAAUCCACUGACGAGGAACAGAACCAAAAUAUAACCGUCAGGCUCGAUACAACAACAAACUCUCUUAACUCCGAGGAAAGCGAGGUCAAAGUGGUCGUUCCUGAUUACAGGAACUCGGGAACACAGAUAAAGCCCAAAACAUAUGUUCGCCGAUACGUUUCCAACGAAAACCCUGUAAAAAAUGUCGUAGAUAGUGAACAACUUUCUCCCCGAAGUUCAACAACAUCAUACGAUACAUGGAAAGAAGAUGUAGUUUUGCGAGGAAAGAUAGCUCCCCGUGAAAUACGUUCGAGGUCAGCUUAUGCAAGUACAUUCAGUAACGAUUCUAGUUUGCAAGGCAGUUUACGAGACCGCAAUUCGCAUGCAAUUUACACGACGACUACAAGAACACAUCAUACACUACCGCAUCAUUCACUCCGAGUUCCUAUGAGGCGCUCCGUUAACUUGUCGUCAACGAUUGAGAGGCCUAUUGAAAAGGUUUAUCCUAGGCCACGAAGUGUCCAUGGUUCAUUAGUAUAUAGACCUAUAACACGUGGACAAAAGGGAACGAUCUAUGCAAUUCCCUCCUCAAAUAAAGGAUAUGUAGACAAACAUCAGAACAAAACUGACAGAUUAUCUUCAAACAUGUCGCAGAAGAAAGAGGAUGUUGUCAUUAUGAAAUCGUGAAUUUUGUGCAGGUCAUACCAAUGAUACGAUCAGAAAAUAAAAAUAUGUGUUUUUUAAAGAACAGGUUGUAAUAAGUUGUAAAUUAAAAACAAAAUCAUAAUUGAUAUAUCUAUAAAUUUAUAUGGAAUUUUACCUUUUCAUGUAUCGAUACUUAAUUAUUAUUUUAUAAUGUAUAUACAAUUAGAACAGGGAUAAAGUUAUUGAACAGGACUAGGAUUAUCUUAUGAUAAUGUUGUAAACACAAUGGGUGUUCUCCGUUGACUAUUCAAUAACCGCUUUACAUAUCAAAUAAAUAGCUUUUGUUGUAUGUUGACACGAUGGCUAAAAGAAACAAUCUGCGAUAAACAGUGCUUGACUGAAAGUUUUAAAAAUAAUUUUAUUAUUUAAUCUGGAAAAUCUUGAGUGGAAACUCUGAUAAGAUUCGCAGUUCAUAGAUUAUCGUCUUUUGUUCAGCGUAUUAACAUAAUAACAGAAUGCAGUAUAACAAAUCAUUCCUGUGUACUUUAACUAUUGAAUAUAUAAAUAUUGCAUGUAUUCAUAUAAGCAAAUAUAAACAUGUAUUUAUCA